AUGAUCUACCUAUCGGCUUUGCCGAAAGAGGAACAAUUUGAGUUGAGCGAUCUCCAGGAUCCGCACUGUUCGCGAAACUCGCCGCUGCUCGCCUCGCUAAUUGCGGCCAAUCAGCCGAAUGAUCAGCUGUGUUCUGUGUGCUCGCAUGUGAUCCUCGAUCGAUACGUGCUCUUCGUUGACCAUCGGCCGUUUCAUGCGCAUUGUUUGAGAUGUUCUUUGUGUGAAUGCGAUUUGAGCAUUGAUUCCACCUGCUACUUCAAGGAUGGAUUUCUCCUUUGUAAACGAGAUUAUUACAGAAAAUAUCGAACCACUUGCGCGAAAUGCUCGCAUCCAAUCGUCGAAUCGGACUUGGUGAUGAGAGCUCGAGAUGUCCCUUUCCAUAUGACGUGUUUCUCGUGUUCUCUGUGUGGAUGUCAUCUACAAACUGGGGAAAUCUUCACGAUGAAUCCGGCCGGGGAUCUUUUUUGUAGAUUACACUGUGACACCCCGAUCAUCUCGCAAGCCCUCCCCACCCAACCCCCACCGCCAAUCGAUGAUCCGAUUCGGAAAGAAGAACUCAACAUCGAUCUCGAGAAACAACCCCAUUCACAACAACAACUCCUCUCCCAAAUUCAUCAACAAGGCUUUGACAACGACGACAACCCACAGAACCCGCGCUCGAAACGAAUGCGCACCAGCUUUAAACAUCAUCAAUUGAGAACGAUGAAGACUUAUUUCAAUCUGAAUCACAAUCCCGAUUCAAAAGAUUUAAAGCAAUUGGCAAUCAAGACCGGAUUGUCGAAGAGAGUUUUGCAGGUUUGGUUCCAAAACGCUCGGGCCAAGUACAGACGAUCGAUGAAUUUGAGGGACAAUCAGAACGUUUCCCCUGGGGAUAUUUUCAGCGGAUUGGAUGGAAGUCAACCGGUGGGUUCAAUGAGUUCUGGAUCGCUCUCCGUGUCACCCCAUUCCCCGUACGCCAACAUGCAAGGAGUUGGUGAUUUCACUCAAACUCAUCUCGUUCAACAAACUCAUCAACAACUUGUCUCGAACACUGUUGCCACAUCAACUGAAAGUGUUGUUCCACCAAUUUCUUUG